GAGAGGUCAGGGUUCAAAUUUAUUUACACAGAAAAGGGAGUAUGGCAAAUGAACGACAUAAAAACCACGAUUCAGGAGAGAACAGUGGUUCGAAAGAAAGUGGAAAUGCAUUUAAUUUAUAUGGCGAAAACUUUGCACCACCAGACUUGCAGGCUAGCGAAACACACGAAUUUGACACACUCAACCAAACUCUGGACCAACUGGACUCUUGUUUGAGUGUAUUGGAGGAGAAAAAUGAAAAUCUGAACAGCAAACUUCGAAAUCUGUUGGACUCAAAUAAAAAGGCAAGAGAAGAAUUGAAAGAAUUGGAGACGAAGAAAUAUUGAAGUUUGAGUGAUUUGUGGUACAGAUGGAUGAUUAUGUGUACUCGUAACGUGCAAUAUUGGUGAAGAUGCUAUAAGAUGCAAAUAUAUAAUAUUUUUAUGUAAUAAUUUAUUAAUCCACACGAGAUAGGGGAAACCGAAAGUGAACAAUUAUGAAGAUAACAAACCUGCUACACGGCUAUACGAGUACAUCAACGUUUUUUGUACAAAGCUCUUUACCUUGCCCAAUCAUCAUUACUGGUAAAUAUGAAGGGAAAAUGUCUGUCCACGCGAAUGUCUCUGGUGUUAACUUUUUCUUGUGGUUACACCAACUCAAACAGUUUUUAUCUGAUCAUCUUCAAACUUUCGGAAAGUUCGGAAAGAGUUCCUUUUGUACCCCCCAUCCCUAACCCUACCCUCCAGCACUCCCCAUUUAAUUGUACAUGCCCCUCCUAAGGACAUCUAUAGUUAUCUAUGGGGGCAGA